CAUUACAGAAGAGCUGCAACAUGCAAAAGUAAGACGGAGAAGUCUAGCUGACUUUCAAAUGGAGCUUCGCAACAUGUCAAGGCGUAUCCAGGAAGAGCAAAAAGUGAUAACAGGAAGCACAACUGUGCCUCUUCCUUCUUUAUCUCUCCCUGAGAAUUCCCUUAAAGAAAACAUUUCCAAUGAGUCAACUUCAAAUGUCACGCCUAAAGUCAAGCAAAUAAACAAUUCUGUUCAAAAUGAGAGGACCACACCUUUUAGUCUUAAAAAGAAGGCGUUCUCAUCAAGGUAUGUAAUUGUGUGGUAUCAUACCAAAACAAGCUACAACUGUAACUCCUAACAAAACUGUGACCAUAAGUACUAAUGAUUUGCAGUGUCUUCCACUAGAGAAACAUUUUGAGGUUGCUGAACAAAAUAGCAACUGCAAAACAGUCGAUAUUAAUGAUGAAGAGUUCCCUGAAAUGAGCAGCGGCGACGACUUGUCAGUGAGUCUAGAAAAUUGCCCAAUUAACAAGCAAGAUGAACUGGAUGGUUCUUUGGUUGUACCUAAAUAUGAAAGGCCUUUGGAGAAUGAUGUCUUUGAGUCAGACACAAGCACAAGUCCUUGUUUUAAAAGGCUGCAUCCAGAGGAAGACCCUAUUACAGCAGAACGAACCAAGAAAGUCUGCAUUUCUGACAUGGGGCCUGACUGUCAUGAAGCUGCCGUACAGUGGGAAGGUAAUUUUACAAGGCAUGCUGCUCAGAAUCCCAGGGCAAAGACAAUUGAAGACACAGGAGUGUCAGAAUCCACUCUCAAAUACUCACAGUUUGACUCUCAUAUGGAUGGGACACUGGAUCAUGCAUUUGAUUUCAGCAAGAAACUUGAGGACGGAAGCAUCACAGUGAAUGAGUUCCUAAGCCACUUUGGUAUCAACUUUGUUAUCCACAGAUCUAGACCAAGUGCUCUUCCUGACAGUUGUAGAGCUGGAGAAACAAGCAAUAUGGAGGAUUUGCUCAAAGAGAAGUACAUAUACCACCCCAAGCAGAGAGUAUAUGAGCAAGACUGUAAGAAUCUCACAGAGAUAGUAGAGAGACUUAAAGAACAGAUGCCUGAACAAGAGAAAUCCCUGGGAUGCAUUAAUGGAGCCCUUCAGCAACAGUUAUGUACUCUCACUGAAGAGCAAUUAAAAAGCUUUGGCUAAGAGCGAAGAGCUUACUUUGGAAAGAGAAGCAAAGCACUUUCUCAUGAAAUGAAAAGAGACUUUUACUUAGAGCUCAUCAAAACAACACAGGAUGCAAAACAGAGUCUGAUUUCUAAAAUUAAAGAGACCGGUGAAACAAUCGAAGACUUGGAUGGAUGCAUUAAUGAUUUAGAAACUGAACUUGCAUCUGCAGAGGCCAUGAUUACGGGAGAUCAUUUCGAUGCUUCUCAAACCAGACCAGCCUUAAAAGCCAAGGAAGAGGGUUUGCAUAGGCUUAAUUCAGCUGUCACCGAAAAGGAGAGGGAAAUUGGUGAGUUGGAGAUUCAGCUGAGGUCUUUGGAGAACCAACAGGAGGAGUUGCAAGGGGAAUCCAGUAGCCUUAAGAAUCAUCUUGCAACCUUGAACAGUUUGAACGAGUGGUGUCUUGAUGCGACAGAUGAAAAGGGGGCUGUGUUUACCUUCCUUCACAAAACUGUGCAUCUGCAGUUGAACCUGCAAACACCUGCCGGAAAUGACUGGAUGACUGAGGAUGUGGAGCGAAAUAUAGAUGUAAGCUUCCAGUUGCACCUGGAUGUGGAAAAAUCUGAAUGUCAUGCAAGCAUGGUCCACAAGUUACUUGAACUAUACUAUCAUUCUCAAACUCAAUGGACACAGAGGUACCCAACAACCCGACAUAUACCAGAGAUGCUUCAUGACAUUAGUUUGGUGGUGGGUCGUCUCAGGCUCUUGGGAGAGGAGAUUCACCGGCUGAAGAAGUGGCGAGGAUUGAAGCUUCGCAUCUUAAAGAUCACCUGUAAACACACACGAGUUCAUGUCAUAUUCUCAAGUCUGAAAGCACUGGAAAGGUUUGAGUUAAGUCUGAUGGUCACUCCAGACUAUCCCUUUGGGCCCCUUCACAUACAGGACUUCAAAAAAAACUUUGGGGAUACAAGGUUGAGUCAAAUUGAAGACAUCGUAUCAUCAGUCAAACCAGCCACAAACUAUCUGACAAAAGUCCUCAAGAAGAUUCAUGAUGACCUGUGUUAGGAUCUCAGGCCUUGUUGUUUAAUCUGUUCUUUUCUGUCUUUUGUUUGUAUUUAUAGAUGUUUGUGUAAUCAAAUACAUAAGAAUUACAAAUGUAGCCAAAAACCAUAUCAA